CUUUUACCCACAAAAUAAAACACAAGAAUCUGUUUUGGCAUCGUUCGCAACUGAAGAUGUACUUCAGGUAACCGGUAAAUUUCAGAUUAUUGAAAAUAUGGAUGAAGAUGGAAAGAAAUAUCCUGUUAUAUUGUCUGAGGUCGUUCACCUUGCUAUCGAUCCAAGCAAUUUGCCGAUAUUUCCUAUUUUGAUAAAUAUGACGGCUGUUGCAGUUGAACUUCCUCAAAUUGAAUCUGAUAAUAUCAUUUUGGCUAUAGAAACAAAGGAUUAUGUAGAUCAGGAUUAUGUAACUCAAAAAUUGGAAUAUUGUCAUUUGAAGUCUGCCCAACAUCUUGCUCUGACUACCUCUUCCGUUAAAGUAGGAUCUGUUCUUUUUAUUAGCGGGGAAUUAAUGUUAAUGAUGAUUUGUAAUAACUAUAUCGUUCAUCUCCAUACUAUAAGCUUUGCCGAAACUCAAAAAUCUGGUGUUAAUUUGAAAACCCCGACUAAUCUUCCUUGGUUAAAUGAAACUCCAGCCAAUAAAUCAAACAAUAAGCCUGCAUUUCUAAAUCAAGUUCCAACCAAUAGAGUAACUGCGCUCCUCAAUGAAACUCCAACCAAUAAACCGGACGCUGAAACUACAGCCCAGAGCAAACCUUUAACUAAUGAGUCAAGUGCUGAAACUGCAGCCCAAGAUGAACUUCUGAGUGAAGAAUCAUGUACCAAAAGUACAACACGAACUAUUGCCACGAGAAUAAGAGGCG